UCGUCUUUGUCUUCGGAGAGGAGCCCCGACUUCCCAGGGGCUUGGCUUUGAACCACUCCUCUCCAGGCUCCGAUGCUCCCAUCCCCGCCACCCCACCUCUGGCUCCCAUUUCUACCCACAGCUGUCCUGAAGCCCCAGGAGUCCCUGGCGCAGCCUCUAACCACCCCUGGCAUCUUGGAAUCCGAAGGGAAGAGGGUACAGAAGUAUGAGACCAACAUCCAAUUUUGCUGGCUGGAAUAUAAGUCGUAUAUGGACCCCCUUGAAAAGGACUGGUGUGACUGGGCCAUGAUUAGCAGGCCUUACAGCUUACUUCAAGAAUGUUUAGAACACCAUGCUGAUGAGUUUGGCCUGGGUUUCCCCAACCCCUGGGCAGAGAGGGUCAUCUUUAAGACUCACCAGAUGCACUUUGCCAACUGCUCCUUGCUUCAGUCCACCUUCUUCGACCCUCCGGAGGACGUGCUCCUGGCCAUGAUCAUAGCCCCCAUCUGCCUCAUCCCCUUCCUGGUGACCCUGGUGGUGUGGCGGAGUAAAGAUCGGGAGGCCCAGGCCUAGGUCCACCAGCUCCUCUCCCCUAGCCCAGCCCUUAGUGCCUCGCCCCGUUCCCCC